UCUUGAGUCAGACCAAGCUAUCGGAUUUAUUUUUACACUCAGAAUCUGGUGAAUCCUCAGCCGAUGUCCUUAUAAAUUGGCUGCCUGAAAACGUGAUUUGAUGAGACCAGUUAAUUGAUAUAAAUUGGUUUCUAACUUAGUACAUAAUUUCGAUUUGUAUUGACAGAAAUCUUCCCCGGAACUGCCUCUCAGGAUGCCCGACUUUUGUUCCGCAUACGGCUGCGCAAAUAAGAGGAGAAUGCAAACCAAAGCCCGUGGAAUCACCUUUCAUAAGUUUCCCAAAGACGGUAAGCUAAGAAAACGGUGGGAACGGGCUGUGCGGAGGGAAGAUUUUGCUGCAACAAAUAGAUCGAUGCUCUGCAGCGAGCACUUCAAGCCAGAGGACUUCGACCGGACAGGGCAGACUGUCCGGCUUAGACCCAAUGUCAUACCAUCUGUGUUCAAUUUCCCGACUUCUCUUCAAAAACAAAAAGGAAAGAGAACCAAACCCACUACAAAGAAAGCAGAGGAGAGUCUUCCUUUGGACUUGACUAAGCCUCGUAAUAAAGAUGAACCUCAGAAAAAUCUUGACCACAACUAUGCAUUGCCGACUUCCCCCUCUGCUCUGAAGGCAAAGCUUAGUGAGGCCUUGGCAAGAGUGGAAAGCCUCGAACGGGAGAAGCGCAACGCUAACAUCCGAGAGCUGAGGGCUAAGAAAAAUGUGGAUUCAGUUCUGGAGGAUCUGAGGGAGAAGACUCUAAUCAAUGAAAAUCUGCAAGAAAACCUUGAAUAUUACUCAGCUAUGUUGUUAAUACUAUUUGGAAGUAUUGUAUACAUUCAUAGUAAAAUUAUGAGUUAAGCCUGUUGGUGGUUAUGUGAAAAAAACUUCCCAAUAGGUUAAUGCCGAAUCAAUUUCAGAUUUCCCAGUACACUCAGAUGCUGUGUAAAGGAGUAACAGCACAUUUAAUGCAUUUUUGGUUAGUGUUUGAUAUGUUUUGGAUUAUUGACGGUCCAGCAGUGAAAGAUGGCUCACCACUUCACCGAUCAGAGUGGUUUUUAUUUUUUUUUUUAUAUCAUGAAAAUCCUCUUUGUGUUAUGAGUUUAUUUGAUCUUCUGUUCUGAAUUUAUGCAUCGAUUUCGUAAGAUGCUUUUUUUUCCUCUGGGUUGAUUUGUUCACAACCUGCUUGUAGGGCUGAGCGAUGCAUCGAUAUAAAAAAUAAAUCGAUAGAUUUUGAAGUGAGACACGAAUAUCGAUCAAAUCCCAUAUAUCGAUAUACGCAUUUCGAUUUUUGUUUUGCUUUAUAUGUAAACGCUGCUCUUGCUAGGAUUUGUUAUAUUUAUUUAAUUUUUAGUCUUACUUGUUUACAUCUGUGGAUUUGUUGUACAUUAUAUGCUGACAUUCUACUGUCCUUGGAAUCCCAGAUAAUCACUCAAUCGGCCAUUUUAAAUAAAACUACUUGUGAAAUUAUAUU